AUGGACCAACAAUCAACUCCUCCGAGCGAUGCAAGUACGCAGGCGAAUGAAGCGCCAAGAUCCAAAAAGCCCCGACCAGGAGCCAGGGGAGUGAAUAAGACCAGGAGUGGAUGCCGGACAUGCAAAAAACGACAUCGAAAAUGCGACGAACAAAAGCCAUCGUGCCAAAACUGCAUCCGAGCAGGCUGGCCCUGUGAUUUCCUGUCCGGACCCAAGGAUCCUGAACCCAAACCCGCCAAGGCUCGCGGUAAGUCGAAAAAGAAGCAGCAGCAGCAGCAGACACAAGACCAAACCAAUACCAGCAGCUCCGCUCUCAUCCUGCCCAGCCGAGCACCGAGCAGCUUCAUCGCGAAUCUGAACGCCGACGAACUGGUCAAGCUGGACCUGUUCGCCAACGUGGCGGUCAAAGCCAUGGGCAUAAGUCUCAACACGCCGUUACUGGAGCGCAUCAUGCUACGGGCGGUGCAGACGGAGCCGUGCAUGCUGCACGCGGCGCUGUCGUGGUCCGGACUGACGCGGCACGUCUACUGGGUCGGGGAUCGGGAGUCGCGUGCCCUGUCGGAGCGGCAGGGGUUCGAGCACUACAACAAGAGCAUCCAGAUCCUGCGCAGUAUGCCCCGGAAUCGACGCACCACCGAGCUCGCCAUGCUCGCCAGCCACAUCUACGCCUCCAUCGACUUCAACCUCGGCAUGAUGGACCGGUUGGUGGCCCACACGCAUGCGACCUUGGGCAUGGCGCAGGAGAUGGGCAUCGCCAUGGCCGACGGCGUAGAUUCGUCCGAGGACACUGACUCAAUCGUCCGACUCACCCACAAGGUCCACACCGCGUUUGCCGCGCAGAUACAGGCCUGGAACGACAUGUCGCAAGGCCGCGAUCGAGGCCUAGUGGUCGCCUUGGGGGAACCAGAGGUCGGGUCCCUGCAACGCCUUGCGUUGAGCCACGGUGAUGAGUCGGAUUCGACGCCUUCUCCGAGGCCGGGGCAAGCGAUGGUGGUGGAGCUUGAAGAUGAUGACAUUUGA